AUGUCGACUCCUCCCCAGCUGCGAUCGCACAGCCAGAGCCGCCAGGUCUCCUUCUCAUCAUACCUGGUAUCUCCGAAGGAGCUCCAUGAGGCCCUCAAGAAGAACCCGUCCACCAAGAUCUCGACGUCUCCGCGUGUCGUCCCUCUCUGCUCGGCCUGGUUUAUGCCGAAUGACCCCGAGGGUCGCAAAGGCAUUGAUAUCUUCCGCAAACAUCGUAUCCCGCAAGCGCGCUUCUUCGACCUGGAUGCCAUCAAGGACCCGGAGUCGCCGUAUCCGCAUAUGCUCCCCACCGCCGAGACCUUUGCCGAAGCGAUGAGCGAGCUGGGCAUCCGCCGCGACGACGAAGUUGUGGUUUAUGACACGGAGGAAUUAGGAAUCUUCAGCGCUCCUCGUGUUGGCUGGACCCUGAGGGUGUUUGGACAUCCCAAAGUUCACAUUCUGAACAACUACCGCCUGUGGGUUCGGGAAGGAUACCCCACGGAGACGGGCGAGCCCCAAGCGGUGGAAAAGACGAGCUACCCUGUCCCGACUUACGACUCGAAAUUGGUGAUCCCAUACCUGGAGUUGAAGGAGAUCGCCAAGGAACACCGUAAGGAGGGUGCAAAGGAGGUGGAGAUCUUGGACGCCCGAUCCUACGGCCGCUGGGCGGGAACGGAUCCAGAGCCGCGUCCAGGACUGUCCUCGGGGCAUAUCCCCGGCUCCAAGAGUCUCCCAUUCCAAGAGUUGUUGGACCCGGAGACGAAGACCUUCCGCCCGGCGUCCGAGCUCCGUGCCCUCUUUGAAGCACGGGAGGUGGAUGCUUCCAAGUCGAUCAUCAGCUCCUGUGGCACGGGGGUCACUGCCACUAUUAUCGAGACGGCAUUGGCUGAAGCCGAGUACGGGGAUCCCAAUCUGCGCAGAGUGUACGACGGUAGCUGGACGGAGUGGGCACAAAGAGUGAAGCCGGAGGAUGGGCUGAUCAAGAAGGCCACCUGA